AUGCAGGAGAACGGCCAGGCUGUUGCCAAGGAGAUAAAGAAGUUGAGUUUUCAAAAGAGGAAUGGACGUUACAGUGGUGUAAAGAAAGACCAGUACUUGCAAAUUGUGGAGGAUCGUUCGUCGGAUCAGGUCAUCUCGUGGAGCAAAACAAACAACAACAGUUUCAUCGUUUGGGACUUGAAGAGGCUUCGCAGCGACAUCCUUCUCAAAUUCUCCUCUGUAUUGGGCAGAAACUUGCCAGAGUUUCUCGCAAAGCUUCGUUCUCACGGCUUCAAACCGGUCUUCAAGGGCCCUGGAGAAUUGGAGUUCUCACAUGAUGAUUUUACAAGAGACCCUCUGAUGAAGAAGAUGAUGGCCAAAGCCUUAUCUGAGAAGAUUGAGAGGUUCGAUGCUCAAAUCAAAACCUUGAAGUGUAGACUCAAAGCCAAGAAAGCUUCCAUCAAAGUUGAGAAUCUCUUCCAAAACCUGCGUAUCUGA